AUAAUUUAGAAAUAGGUAUAAAAGAAAACAAUCUUUUGUUUGAAGAAAAUUCUGCUAAAUUUAAAUUAUUUGAUAAAAAUAUACUUGAAGAUAAAUAUUUAAUGAAAAUAGCAUCAAGUUUGAA